AUGGCUCUCAGCUGGAGAUCUGCCCGCCAUGUCUCCAAGCUUGCUCAGGCAACACGCCCUGCUCUUUCCGCGCGUCACUAUGCGACCGCGGAGCCUGACCUGAAGGCCACCUUGAAGGAGGUCAUUCCCGCUAAGCGGGAGCUCCUCCAGAAGGUGAAGGCCCAGGGCGAUGAGGUGAUUGGUGAUGCCAAGGUCAGCAACGUCAUCGGUGGCAUGCGUGGCCUCAAGGCCAUGCUCUGGGAGGGCUCCGUCCUCGACGCCGAAGAGGGAAUUCGUUUCCACGGCAAGACCAUCAAGGACUGCCAGAAGGAGUUGCCUAAGGGUACCACUGGAACUGAGAUGCUGCCCGAGGCCAUGUUCUGGCUAUUGCUUACCGGCCAGGUGCCCUCCACCGGGCAGGUGCGUGCCUUCUCGCGCGAGCUGGCCGAGAAGUCGCACCUUCCCACCCACAUUCUUGAUCUGAUCAAGUCUUUCCCCCCCAACAUGCACCCCAUGACCCAGCUUUCCAUUGCCGUGGCAGCUCUGAACACCGAGUCCAAGUUCGCCAAGGCCUACGAGAAGGGUAUCAACAAGGCCGAGUACUGGGAGCCUACCUUUGAUGACAGCAUCUCCCUUCUUGCCAAGAUUCCCCGUGUCGCGGCACUCGUUUUCCGUCCCAACGAGAUCGAUGCCGUUGGUACCCAGAAGCUCGACGCCGCUCAGGAUUGGUCACACAACUUCGCCGAGCUGCUCGGCAAGGGUGGCGCUGAGCACAGCGACUUCCACGAUCUGCUCCGUCUUUACCUGGCUCUGCACGGUGACCACGAAGGUGGCAACGUCUCAGCCCACGCCACUCACCUGGUCGGCAGUGCUCUGAGCGAUCCCUUCCUCAGCUACAGCGCUGGUCUCCUGGGUCUGGCUGGCCCUCUUCACGGUCUCGCCGCCCAGGAGGUCCUCCGCUGGGUCAUUGCCAUGCAGGACAAGAUUGGAGUCAAGUUCACUGAUGAUGACGUUCGCAACUACCUCUGGGAGACCCUUAAGUCCGGUCGUGUGGUUCCUGGCUACGGUCACGGUGUCCUCCGCAAGCCCGAUCCUCGUUUCGAGGCUCUGAUGGACUUUGCCGCCACCCGUCCUGAUGUGCAGGCCAACCCUGUGUUCCAGCUGGUCAAGAAGAACUCCGAGAUUGCUCCUGGUGUCCUUACUGAGCACGGAAAGACCAAGAACCCCCACCCCAACGUCGAUGCCGCCAGCGGUGUUCUCUUCCACCACUACGGCUUCCAGCAGCCCCUCUACUACACUGUCACCUUCGGUGUCAGCCGCGCCCUUGGUCCCCUUGCCCAAUUGAUCUGGGAUCGCGCCCUGGGCCUGCCCAUUGAGCGCCCCAAGAGCAUCAACCUCUUGGGCCUUGUCAAGAAAUAG